UAUUAUUAGCCAAUUAAUUAAUUAAUUAUCUGCUAAAACACUUGUAAUUAAAUACAAAACAGAAUUACGCGUCAUUUGCCAAGCAAUUCUUCUAUCAACAACAAUCAAACUUUAGUUGAAGGCAACUUCGUGCUCUCAGAAAUCUUAUUUUUUUUUCGCAUAGUGUCUAUCUACCGACCAAACACCUCCUCCUCUCCCUCUACGCCUACCUUUUUUUUUUUCAUUACUUCUCUGUCUCUUGGAAACCAAAAACUCAAUUAGCUCUCUCCGCUCUCAAAUGGCUACCUCAGCAGCCGGCGCCGAUGAUGCUCGUAACAAGACGGUAACCGGCUACCCAGUUGAGCCGGGUCAAUUCGCAGCCGGCUACCCAGCCGCCGGAGCAUACCCCUACGUGGCCCCACCGCCGCCUACUCAAGCCAACACCUACCGGCCCAUGGGCCCAUCUCCUUACUACGCCCCUCAGCCCACUGGGCCCAUCGGGCCCAAUAGGCCCACCCUCCUCUGCCGCCUCCUCAUUGCCGCCGUCGCCGUCUUCGCCAUCAUGUCCCUCGUCUUCUUCAUCGCCUGGCUCGCCCUCCGCCCCCGCCUCCCCGAGUUCCGGGUCGAAUCGGCCUCCGUCUUCCCGCUCAACGCCACUGGCUCCGAGCUCACCGCCACCUGGGACCUCACCCUCCUCGCCAACAACCCCAACCACAAGCUCAGAAUUUACUACGACAGCAUCCAAGCCUCACUCUUCUACCGCGACCAUUCCCAGCUCGCCACGACGUCGUUGCCUCCCUUUGUUUUGACCAAGAGGAACCAGACGCGUGUCGGGUGCAAGCUGGCGACGGUGGGGGAGUACGUUGGCAAUUACGUGGCCAAGGGGAUCUCCGACGAGAGGGAUCGUGGGUCGGUGAGGUUCGGGCUAGGAGUUUUUGCUUCGGUUCGGUUUAGGUCUGGAUUGUUCCAGUCGAGGCCUCGCGUGUUGCGGGUCUUCUGCGAGCGGGUCGAUUUCGAGUUUGCCCAGAAGAAUGGGACGGGGACUUUGACGGGUCAGUCAAGUCCGUGUGUGGUUGACUUGUGACUGUGAGUAUAAUUAGUCCAUUGGAUUAAUACAAAUUGGUAAAUGCUAUAAUUAGUCUGUGUAUGAUUUUGGGUUAUGGAAUAUAAUUCGUGAUCUUCUGAAUCCAAUUUGUCUCUGUUAUUUUAUGCUAGCUAAUAAUAGUAUAUUUUUUCAAUUAUUUUA